AUGAGGAAGCCCAAAGAAAACCCCAGGACAACUGUCGCCAUUAUUGGCUCAGGAAUGGCAGGACUUGUGACAGGAUACUUGCUCAAGCAGGAUCAGAGUCAACAAUUUGACGUCCAAGUUUUCGAAAUGCAAGAUAAAAUAUCCCUCGACUCAGCAUCAAUUACUGCCCCUACAGAAGAUGGGAAGGGGGUACGGGUCGAUCUCCCGAUGCGGGCUUUCGCGGGCGGGUUUUACAGCAAUUUGAGGGGAAUGUAUAAACAUCUAGGCGUGAAAUACGUUCCCAUCCAAUUCCUAUUUCCACUGUCGCAAGUGCCAGGCAGUAGGAAAUCGUCUCUGUCCUCAAGCCAUGGAAGAGAAAAUGAUGCCGAUUGCCAUGGGGAAGGCGAUGAUGUGAAAACUAUUCCCUCAAAGCCUUAUUUUAUUCAUUCGUCUAACAACCAUCGCAUCCCUCCCGUACGACCUGAGCACUUGGGAUUCUGGGGUUGGACUACAGAAUACCAAUCCGUGUCGUCUCUCACUGGCGCAACGAGGAUAGAGGACGCAUCCCUGGCCGAAACGCUCGCCGAAUACCUUGAGCGCAUCAUGCUUCCUACGUACUUUACGCAAAACUACAUAAUCCCCCAAUUUUCAGCGGUGACAACUUGUUCACACGAUGAUCUUCUCAAAUUUCCGGCCAAAGACCUGAUAGAAUAUUCGACGCAGACGUACAAUGUGCCCUACUACGUCGUGCAGGGUGGUGUGAACGUCGUCCAAAAGAUCCUGGCUGAGGGGCUGAACAUCCAGCUAAAUUCUCGAGUAAUCUCCGUGGAGUCGCAAUCUGGCCCCUCUCCUAAGGUGCGCGUUUCGUACCGAGUGGGCGGAGAGGGCACUCUCCAUCAAAGGGAUUUUGACCAUGCUAUCAUGGCUGUCACGCCGGAUGUCGUUGGCGCUAUAUUUCAACCGCUGAGAUCGACCAUGACGCACGUGCCAACCACCUUCGUCGAGAGCAUCGUGCAUCACGACACGUCUUCUUUUCACCCGCUAUCGCAGACUUGCCGCUAUGGCAAUAAGGAGAGCAAUGCCACCAGCAGUUAUGGGUAUUCGUCCGCACCGCCCCCAGAGACACAGGUCAUCCAUGUCCGUUCGUCGCCGGCCGGCUUCACGGAGGCAAUCCACGAAUGUGCCCGUUCCAUCUUUGUCACAACUGUACCCAUAACGCCAAUCGAUCCCUCAAAGAUCAUCCACCGAACGCGCUUCACCAGAGUGCUGCGUACGCCGCAGAGCAAAGAGGUUGUAAAUCGCAUUUUUGGACGUGACCACGCUGCCACUGGGGCAUCGGAGAAGAGUCACCAAUGGCGGAAUGGAAAUGUUAUUUUACCUUCUCUUUACCUUCUUGAGGACAGCAAUAUGAUAGCCAUAACCAAGUGCCGGCUGCUGGCUAAUGCGUAA